UGCAAAUGCGAUAAGAUCAAACACUGAAUGGCAUCGAAUGCGGCACUUGGGAAGCUGAUUCUGGCGGCAACAUUUAGCGCGUUCUUCUACUACGUCUUCUGGGUUGCGGUGCUUCCGUUCAUGGUGAUCGAUGCGAGAGAUGAAAGUUGGAUCUAUUCGCUGUUUCCACCGAUGAAGUUUGCAUUCCUCGUACCGGCAGUGUUCGGUGUGGUGCUAGUCGGUGGACUGUCGGCCUUUUCGUUGUAUCAUUUGCAGGACCAGCUCGGCAUUCGAUUCACCCGAUCACUGUAG